UAAUUUUCUCUGCUCGAUUAAGUUCAAUGUCGUCAAACUGGAAGAACGUCAACAAUUGGUACUGGGUCAACAAGAACUGCUUGAACUGGGCACAAAAAUAUUUUGCCGAACAGCUUGAAGGUCUCAAAACUGAGAAGGAUGGUCACACGGUGUCGAUUAUCAAGUUGGACGAUUGCUCCGGUGAUGUUGAUUUGAACAUGAGAAAGGGCAAGAUUAUCACCAUCUAUGAUGUGUCCCUGAAAUUGAGUUUUCAAGGUGAGUUGGUUGAUGGCACCGAAGUAUCCGGCAGUAUCACGAUUCCCGAAGUUGCGCAUGAUUCUGAGGCGGAUGAUUAUGUGUUUGACAUCACUAUCAAUGAGGAUUCGUCCGCUAAGCAGCCCAUUAAGCCUGUUAUCCGAAAACAAUUGCAACCACUGAUAUGCGAAAAGCUCGGAAAUUUUGCUGAUGACAUGAUUGCCACUCACCGCAACGACGUCUACAUUGAUCCUUCCAAGCUGAACAACCCCGCAGCAACUGCUUAAUUACUAUCAGUUCCAAAUCCCAAUUCACAAACCACACCACCACGGUGUUUAGACAUUAUCUCAUUCCAAGUUACUUAAUCACAUACAACAUUAGUAGUAACAAAAAUCUGCA